AAAAGCCGGAGAAGUCUUUUGUUUCUCCAUCUCUCUUCUUUGUGUCUUCUCCAUCUCUCGUCUAUGUGUCUCUCCCGGUGAAGGCUAUGCAGCUGACUGGAAUCGGGAAUAGGAAUUACUCGGUAAAGCCAUUGAUCAGAGGUCAGUUUGGGAUCUCUGUUCCAAGUCAAAACCGGAGAAGAUGGUUCUUUCCUCUGUCUCAUUCUUCCCAUCAAAAAAAAGAGGGUGCAAAAGGGGAUGAGAUUACUGAAGAUAUGAUUGCAAACAGCAAAACAUUAGCGUUUAAUCUUGUCUUCGGUAAAAAUAUCUCCUUAAAGCAGAAGAAGUAUGCGCCAAAGGUGUUUCUAAGACGCCCUUUUGCUGGAAGUAUCUGCGAAGCCUAUUUGAAGAAAUAUCCAGCCAUGAUCAAGCGUGCUCCCUUUUGUUAACAAUGGCUACUGUCACUGCAUACUCGGAUGUGCUUAUGGUGGAUAUGGUUGGUGGUCUUGUCACUGGUGCAGUGGCUGAACGUCUAGGAGGCGCUGGUUAUGUUUGCAAUACAUAAAAGGAAGAUUCUCCUUCCUUCCUCUGUGGAUAUGGUUAGGAUGUUCAACUUUACUGACAAGGUUAAAGAGGGGGAGCAAGAUGAUUACGAGAACAUCAACGAGAUGUGCGUUAUCAAGAUGCUUGAGCCUGUCAUGAAGAAGAAGGUUAGUCUCUUACAUUACUUAUAGAGGUUACUUAUAACAAGCCCUGGAAAAAAAACAAGGAUGACAUUGGUGUUGAAUCAGAACAUGAACAAAGAUGAUCCCUUUAGUUAAACUCCUGCUUCGUUUACAAUUGAGAGAGUCCUAUGUGUAUUAACUGUGUGGUUUCUCAAUGAGUUCUGAGACGUAACUCAUCGUUUGUUUCCUCUCAUAGGCUAUGUUUCUCACUUUGAUCAUUAAGCAUAGUUUCGAGGGCAUUUAGCACAUCUUUAUUUACUAUCUUUGUGUGAAACUAAAGUCAUGCUCUGUCUCAAUUUUUUGAAGUUUCGUUUCCUUAUGUUAUCUUUAUAUAUGUUUUGUAAUC